AGCCUGCUACUUGCUGGAUUGUCUUGUGGAUCAUUCAUAUGUAAGCCACGCUCAUCGGCAGCGGCUCCACAGUUGUCAACGCAGGGCAGUGCACUAGCAGCUUCGCGGAAGCUUUUACCAUAAAUCAGUGCCGUUUUGGAUAAUAUUUUCGUCGUGUCCGCAUUACGACCUAACUGACUCUUCCAUGGUGCAAAAAGCCGUUAACAGUCCGGCACUUUCCCGGAAGUCCACCAACAGGGAUUCACCCCGACAGCAGCGCGCAGGCCAGCCAGCACCGGCGCCUCGGCAAAUGUCAAUUGUCUCCGAUCUUGAUUCGGUUAAGUCGUAUCCAAUCUCCAUUGAAGCCCCAUCGGAUGUGACAUGCGAGAGCGGCUAUGAGACAACUACCGAUGUGGUCUGUAAGGGACCGCUCCUCUACUAUAAACCCCGCUGGUUCGGUGAGAGCUGGAAACGCUACGAUGCCGUGCUGACCAAUGACGGUGUGUUUCGAUGGUAUAAAAAAGGGGGCAGUGAGCCCGCCGAGCUGGAAGGCACCCUGGUGCUGCAAUCCAUUCCCAAUGGAUUGAUUACCUUUGGAAAAAAUACGGAGAAUAUACCCAAGGAACAGCAAGUGCGGUUUCCUAAAGAAUUCAAUUUUCAACCAGCCAUCGCCAUCGGCGAGCCGUACACAUCUGGGGAAAUUUUCUGGUUUCUCUGCCCGUCAACCGAUAUGAUUCGCCUAUGGGAACAAGGAUUCAGGGAUUUAGUGGCAGCGGAGAAAUUCAGCUCCGGCAGCGGCGUGUAUUCAGCCUGGAAGAAAUACAGUCCCGAACGACCAACCCAGUCCACGCAGGAGCAUGAACCGCAUAAAGAAGCGGGCUGGAAUGAUGCAGCCAUCAUUCUGGCAUUGGACUUUUCAAUGUAGGGGGGAUCAUGUGGUGGUGCUGAGUGAUAGUUAUAAUGAUUUUUCCAUCGUCGGUGGUACGGAGAAAGUGCGGGUGACCUUUUGUUAUUCGUUAUUCUGACUCAGUUGUGGAUUGUUUUUCUAAGGAUGUUUUAAUACGUGUUUUAGAGAAAAUCUAAUAAUCAAUGAACGUCUCCACAUUAGCAUUUUUUUGUUCUUUCGAAUUAUUUUGUUUGCAUAUUGCAACUGUGAUCUUAAUGGUCACACUUUAAAGUUUGUGCUAUGCACAAUACUGCGAUCCUAGACGCGAUCUUUAAGCCUACUAAACGAAUCUGUUAGUCAAUGUGAUUCUUUACGUUUCGUGGUUUGUUUAACAAUAAAGU